AUGCAACCUCGUAGUAGAGAAAUUCCAGCCAUGAAUGUUAAUUCAUUGCUAAACCUCCCAGAAAUUCAUAAUCAUCAAAAUGGCGAAACCCACAUCGAUCCGACGUCGUCCCAUGAAGAUUUUCUCGAACAAAUGCUCUCCUCCACCUCCUCCUUUCCCUGGGAGUUCGCCGGCGCUGCAGAGCCCAGCCAAACGGACGAUCAGUCGCCUCAACAGAAUAUGCUUAGCCAUUUCGAUGACCAGUCGGCGCUGUUGGCUUCGAAGCUGAGGCACCAUCAGAUCGGCGACGGCGGCGCCGCUGCCAAAUCCUUGAUGUUCCAGCAGCAGUUGAUGUUGUCUAGAGGACUCGCAGGCAACGGGCUCAGAUCGCCGGCCGGGACGGAGAGUGGACUCCUGCCGGUUCCUUCGAGCCAUAAUGGUCAUCACGACGUCGUAAAUGGGUCCUCCAAAUCUGCUAACUUGGCAAAUGAGGCACUAUACAAUGGGUUCAUUGAAUCUCUUGGUCAAUCUUCAAAUCAACCUCCAAAUUUUCACCAUCCUCAGGGAGAAGCAAUUCAGGCCCAGAGUUUGGGAGCUCCGGCUUCAAUGGCAGCAGCAAUGAAUCAGCCGGGUGGUAAUGGAGGAGGGACGCCUCCUCAGCCGAAGCAGAGGGUGAGGGCACGGAGAGGACAGGCCACUGAUCCUCAUAGCAUUGCUGAAAGGUUACGUAGAGAGAGAAUUGCGGAGAGGAUGAAGGCUCUGCAGGUGCUCGUGCCCAAUGCCAAUAAGACAGACAAGGCUUCAAUGCUUGAUGAGAUCAUCGACUAUGUCAAAUUCCUCCAGCUUCAAGUCAAAGUAUUGAGCAUGAGCAGAAUGGGAAAUGCUGCAGGUGUUGUCCCUCGAGUCGCUGAUAUCUCUUUGGAGGGAAAAAGUAGUAACGAUGGCAUGAAGGUGACUGAGCAGCAGGUUGCGAAGUUGCUGGAGGAGGACAUGGGCUCUGCCAUGCAGUACCUCCAAGGCAAGGGUCUCUGCCUCAUGCCCAUUUCACUAGCCAGUGCCAUGUCCACUGCUACAAGUCACUCAAGGAAUCUUAUGGCCGGUGGGCCAUCCUCCCCUAGCAUGUCGGUUUUGACAGUCCAGUCCGCUACAGCGGGUGGCAAUGGCGGUGGAGAAGCUUCGAUUAAAGAUGUAGCCUCUUCUGUUACUUCUAAGCCUUGA